AUGGACUAUAUGUAUGGUGAAACGAAAUUUGACGGGGUUUUGUUGACCCAUUUCAUCAUUUCGGCUUGUGGGUCUUUUAAAAUCCGAUCUUGCUCACUCCUCGUGCUUGCUUUUCUGGUCAAAGAUUGUAAUGAGAUGAGUUUCGAGAGUAGCAUGGCUGAACUGGAAGUAGUAACUUGUACCCAUAAGCGUUCGAAAAGCUUUCCAGGAAAAAAUGGAGUUGAAGAAGAUAACCAGAAGACAAAAAGUUGUACAAAUUCGGAUAACAAUCACUUGCCUAAUGCAGAAAUCCAAAAUUCCUUGAGAAAUGAGAUAUUACAGCUUGAAAAAAGAUUACAAGAUCAAGUUGCUGUUCGUGGUGCUUUAGAACAAGCUUUGGGUUAUCGAUCAUCUUCCCUUGAAAUCACAAAUCAAGCCUUAAUCCCAAAACCUGCAACAGAGCUUAUUAAAGACAUUGCAGUUUUAGAAUAUGAAGUUUCACAUUUGGAGCAAUAUCUUUUGUCAUUAUAUCGUAAAGCAUUUGAUCAACAAAUUUCAUGUCCAUAUGAUGAUGAAGCUUCAAAAUCACCAUUAAUGAUUACUCCAAGAGGCAAAUAUGUUGAAACUUGCAGAAAUGAUAUCUCUUUGAAACUCCAAGAGGCAAAUCACAAUAACAAUAGAGGCGUUGAAGUCGAAGAAGAAGAAGAAGAAGAAGAAGAAGAUAUAGUUUUAGAUUCUGGUGUUCAUCGUUGUCACUCUUCAUUAUCUCAUCAUUCAAUUGAAAAUCCCAUAAAUACCCUUGGUAAAGAGCUUCGAGCAUGUCACUCACAACCACUUUCCAUGAUGGAGUAUGCACAAAAUAAUUCAUCAAACAUAAUUAGUCUGGCUGAGCAUCUUGGAACUAGGAUUUGUGAUCAUGUUCCCGAAACACCAAACAAGCUCUCAGAGGAUAUAAUCAAGUGCAUGUCGGCUAUAUAUUGCAAGCUUGCGGACCCACCUCUUGCAAAUCAUGGGAUUUUAUCUCCUACUUCAUCAUUGUCAUCAAUGGGGGCAUUUUCGCCAAAAGAUCAUUCGGACAUGUUGUGGAGCCCGGGGUUUAAAAGGGUAUCAUCGUCUUUUGAUGUGAGAUUAGAUAACCCUUUUCAUGUUCAAGGGCUUAAAGAGUUUAGUGGACCUUAUAGUACAAUGGUGGAGAUUCAAUGUAUUUAUAGAGAUGGACAAAAGUUAGGUGAUAUUGAAGAUAUGUUGCAAAAUUUCAGGUUGCUUGUUUCUCGAUUAGAAGAAGUGGAUCCUAGAAAAUUGAAGCAUGAGGAGAAGUUAGCAUUUUGGAUUAAUGUACAUAAUGCAUUGGUGAUGCAUGCGGUUUUGGCUUAUGGGAUUCCACAAAACAACAUAAAGAGAGUCUUUUUGCUAUUAAAAGCUGCAUAUAAUGUUGGGGGUCAUGUGGUAAGUGCAGAUGUGAUCCAAAAUUCAAUCCUCGGAUGCAAAAUGUGUCGUUCUGGGCAGUGGCUUCGAUUGUUAUUAUCUUCAAGAAAAAAGUUCAAAUCAGGAGAUGCACGGCAAGAUUACGCAAUUGACCAUCCCGAGCCAUCUUUUGCAUUUCGCACUUUCUUCAGGAUGCCACUCGGAUCCCGCAGUUCGUAUCUACACCCCGAAACGAGUGAUCCAAGAACUUGAAGUUGCAAAAGAAGAAUUUGUGAGGGCUACAUUUGGUGUAAGGAAGGAUCAUAGGAUUCUUUUACCAAAAAUGGUUGAAAGUUUUGCAAAAGAUUCGGGAUUAUGUGAAGGUGGUGUGAUUGAGAUGAUCCAAAUGUGUUUACCAGAAUCGAUUAGGAAGAACAUCAAGAAACAUCAAAUGGUGAAAUCAAGAAAGAUGAUUGAAUGGGUUCCUCAUAAUUUUGGUUUUAGGUAUCUUAUUUGUAAGGAUCUUGUGAGGUGAUUGUUAAUGCUAUUUUUUUAUUUUCUUUUUGUAAUGUAUGUAAAUGAAAAUAGAUGACCAAGAACGUAUCCAUUAUGUAUUUUUUCAAGAGAUGCAUUAGUUAUGGUCAUUAUAAUGCCUCAAAAAA